AUGGCCUGGUAAAAUUCCAUACCUUUUACAUAUAUCCAUCAAUUAUUUUUAGAUGAAAAUAGAAAAAGACCAUAAAAUAGUUAAUAUUAAUUGAUCCUCAAAAAUCUUAGAAUUUUUAUCAAAGGAAAAACACAGAGAUAAUUAUACCCAAUAGAUACCAAUUCUUAUGUAAACAUCAAAGAAUAAAAUGUAAUAGUUAUCUAUUAAGAUUAGAUUUAACUAAAGAAAAGAUGGAGACAAUAACUGUAUUAUUCAAAAGAUCAGUUGGAUUCUAUCCCAAAAUAUGUAUUAAAUAAAUAAUUAUAUUUAUACAAUUAAUAGUUUUUCUUUACACAAAUAUUUUUUGAACCUCCUUACAUUUAACAAUUAUUUUUCAGACUAUAUUUGACUAUUACCCAAAAGUUCAAAUAAAAAUACUAUUGUAUAUGUUGUGACUUGAAAUGUAUUUUAAUUGCUCUAAAUAAUUAUAGUCGCCCUACCUCAAUAUUCAGGCUACUAUUGCACGAUUUUUUACAUUCAAAGUGUUGAGAUCUUUGGAUUAAAAAUAAUAAAGUAUAUAUUCAUAAACUUUACGCUCACUUUCUAGAUUUAACCUAUAUAUUAAAUACUCAAUAAAUUAAUAAAUACGAAAAUAAUGAUGAAAGAUUAUUUAAAAGUACAUCCUCUACAUAAUAAAUUAGCAAAUAUUCUUCUAAAAUAAAAAAUUAGACCUUAUCGAGAACAAUUCAGCCAUUUCACCAGUAAUUAAAUUAUGAAUUUUAUAUUAUAUUUUUAAUGUUGA